GUCUUCCUGAUUAGCUGUGCCAUCCUCCAAGGCGACAGGGUUUCUGGUGCUGUCUGUUCAGGAGGGAGUAAACCAAGAGAUCUCCAGAGAGACUUCCUUGAAAGGACUUGGCAGAAAAUAAGAGAGGAAGGUCUUUAAGAGACCUUAAGCAUUCUGACUGCUACUGCCCAAACAACAGAAGUGGGAAUCUGACCAGCUGGAGGAACUACUGGCUGGAUUCCUUGCGUCAAAGGUCAUUACACUUGAAUUCUGCAGCCCUCAUCAAGGUUUGAACAUGUAUUGGCGGCGGCAACUCCAGGCACUUUGCAUCCUAUGGAGGUCUCAGAUGUCCAAUCACACUAUCCGCAUUCAUACUAGGCAACUGGCAUCCCUGCAGUGGGGACACCAGGAAGUUCCAGCCAAAUUUAACUUUGCUACUGAUGUGAUAGAUCACUGGGCUGGCAUGGAGAAGGCUGGCAAGCGACCCCCUGGCCCAGCCCUGUGGUGGGUGAGUGGCAAUGGGGAUGAGGUAAUGUGGAACUUCAGCCAACUGAGUGAACUCAGUCAACAAACAGCCAACGUCUUCGCAGGGCCAUGUGGUCUGCAGCGUGGGGACCGUGUGACAGUGGUGCUGCCCCGAGUGCCUGAGUGGUGGCUGGUGAUCCUUGGCUGCAUGCGAGCAGGCCUUGUCUUCAUGCCCGGGACCAUCCAGAUGAAAGCCAAAGACAUUCUCUAUAGGCUGCAGGUGUCUAACGCCAGGGCCAUUGUGGCUGGGGAUGAGGUGGCUGAGAUAGUGGACACUGUGGCACUGGAGUGCCCUUCUCUGAAAACGAAACUACUGGUGUCUGAGAAAAGCCGGGAUGGAUGGCUGGACUUCAAGACACUACUGUGGAAAGCAUCUACUACCCAUUGCUUUGUGGAGACUGGGAGCCAAGAAGCAGCUGCCAUCUACUUCACCAGUGGAACUAGUGGCCUUCCUAAGAUGGCGGAACACUCCCACUCAAGCCUAGGAUUAAAGGCCAAGAUGGAUGCUGGAAAAUGGACAGACCUGCAAGCCUCUGACAUAAUAUGGCCUAUAUCAGACACAGCUUGGAUAGUGAAUAUUUUGGGCUCACUUCUGGAACCCUGGACGUCAGGAGCAUGCACAUUUAUCCAUCUCUUGCCAAAGUUUGAUCCAGUGAUCAUUCUAAAGGUUCUGUCCAGCUAUCCAAUUAACUACUUGAUAGGCGCACCCAUUGUUUAUCGGAUGUUGCUACUACAGGACCUUUCCAGUUACAAGUUCCCACAUCUAAAGUGUUGCUUCAGUGGCGGGGAGACCCUCCUUCCAGACACUCUGGAAAAAUGGAAGAUCCAAACAGGACUGGACAUCCUAGAAUUCUAUGGCCAGACAGAAACGGGACUCACUUGCAGAGUUUCCAAGACAAUGAAAAUCAAACCUGGCUACCUGGGAACUGCAAUUCCCCAUUAUGAUGUGCAGGCAAUAGAUGAGAAGGGCAAUGUCCUGCCACCUGGCACAGAAGGAGAUGUGGGCAUCAGAGUCAAACCCAUCAGACCUAUAGGCAUCUUUUCUGGCUAUGUGGACAAUAUUGAGAAGACAGAAGCCAACAUCAGAGGGGAUUUUUGGGUCCUGGGAGACCGGGCAAUCAAGGAUCAAGAUGGAUAUUUCCGAUUCAUGGGAAGAACAGAUGAUAUCAUUAACUCCAGUGGGUACCGGAUUGGGCCCUCAGAAGUGGAGAACGCACUGAUGGAGCACCCUGCUGUGGUUGAGACAGCUGUAGUAAGCAGCCCGGAUCCCAUUCGAGGAGAGGUAGUGAAGGCAUUUGUGGUUUUGGCCCCACACUUUCUGUCCCAUGACCCAGACGAGCUCACCAAGGAGCUGCAACAGCAUGUGAAGUCAGUGACAGCCCCAUACAAGUACCCAAGGAAGAUAGAGUUCGUCCUAGAUCUGCCCAAGACCAACACAGGGAAAAUUCAGCGGGCAAAGCUUCGAGACAAGGAAUGGAAAAAGUCUGAGCAGGUCGAAGUCUAGUGAUACCUGCAAUGUGCUUUACCUUGGAUCCUGCCCUUCUUCCCCUUUAAUUCCAUUUGGGUCAUCGGCCUUCCUCUGGGGAUAUGCGAUUCUUUGUGGCAAAACAUGAUCUGAUUUUUUGUC